AAAACACGUGCAGCUCAAAUGAAAGCACGACAACUUGGAUUUCUCGUUUGUGUUUUGUGAAGCAUCGAGAGCAUUGAGCUCAGAGCAGCAGCAGCAACUUCAUCACAGUGAGUUUGGAUCAUUGAGGACAUGAGGAGCCCGGUGCUGCCUCUGCUGCUCAGCUUCUUCCUGCUGCAGGUGCUCGUCAGCGCCACACACUGGGAGGACUAUAAAUAUGGCCGCCAAGACCUAGAGCCACUCAACAAAACAUCAUACUGCACCUGGAAAUGUCUCCUGUUCACGCUGCAAUGGCCCGGAGGUUUCUGUCAGUCUCUGAACAACAAGACAGAAUGCAGGAUUCCUCAGAGCAUCAGCAACUGGACCAUCCACGGCCUGUGGCCUGUUCGAGCCAAACACUGCUGCAGCUGCUGGCCAAUGUUCCACUCUGAUGUCCAGGAGCUGGAGGCGGAGCUGAAUGAACAAUGGCCGUCCUUCGUGAAAACCAAAAGCAGCUUCCACUUCUGGAGAGACGAGUGGAAGAAACACGGAGUGUGUGCAGGCUGUGUCGAAGGCAUGAACUCUCCUCACAGAUACUUUCAGAUCUGCCUCAAACUACGAAGACGGUUCAAUAUCUACAAAAUUCUGGAGGACGGCGGCGUCGUUCCAUCCUGCAAGCGACUGUACAAGGUUGAAGAGGUGCACAGUAUCCUCACUCCACAUCUGGGCGAAAAACACGAGAUACAGUGUGUGACUGACAGUAAGGAGAGAGAGGUGUGGUUUCAGGUGAAAGUUCCUUUGGCUCAAAACCUGACCCUCGGCUGCCAUGGCGACACAGAAAAGGACCAUGGCACUGGUGCUGGUGGUGCUAGCCCGGAAUGGAUCCCAUCUCCCGGACAUCCCUGUCCUCCUCAGCUCCCGUUCUACUACUUCCCAAUAAACUACAAGCAGCCACAGCAGCCGUGUGACUGACAGGAGAACCACAGCAGUGACUGCUGCAGAUGACACCUACUGCUAAUGAGGGAUACUUCAAUGCAAUGCUUUUUAAAAUAAUUAAACAAAUAAACAUAUACUGAUCAGCCACAAUCUUAAA